AGUGGACGGUGCUAUCCACGGGGUUUAUUCACGGGCUUAUCCACAUUAAGUCAAUUUUUUUGUUGCUUAGAUUGCUGAAAGAUCUCACAGCCUACCUGGUGUUAAGUGGUUACUAGAGCCCAUAGACAUCUGCAAACUGCGCCACCCACCUUGAGAUAUAAGUUCUAAGGUCUCAGUAUAGUUACAACGGCUGUUCCACCCUUCAAACCGAAACGCAUUACUGCUUCACGGCAGAGAUAGGCGGGGUGGUGGUACCUACCCGUGCAGACUCACAAGAGGUCCUGCCACCAGCAUAAAUAAAGAACAAAGAGAUAUCAGAGCUCGCGAAACCGGAUAAUGUCGUUGAUACGUAAAUAUUGUUUUUUUUUCGAUUUCCUGUAAUCAAAUUAAGACAAGUCGCUAAUUCAAUUGAUUACGCGCACACAAGGCUGAUGUUGUCCAUUCAUGCAGCGACCGCGUCACGCCGUGGACGUGUCGAGGUCAUCACUCCGCAAAAUGAACUAUUUAAUUUAUUGUGUUUUGUUACGUGCAGUUUGUGUUAGUGCUAAUUGGGCACCAUUCAAAGCGCUUUUGUAUUCGGAUUGGAUCGAAUGUAACCACAACAAGACCCUAAAUUUAGGCGUAAGCGAGGUUCAAGUUUACUUCUACGACUUCCAGAACAAUUUCAACACCUCAUACCCGAUAGAUGUCGCUGUCGAGGGUAUCACUUCCACCUAUAACUUGGAUGUGACGAGGAAACUCAUCUUCUAUGUACCGGGAUAUAAGAGUCAGAUUGACAAGAACAAUCCAGAACUAGUCAGACAGACGUUCAAGGACGUUCAAAACACGUAUCUAAUAAUAAUAGAUCAUUCCAGUUACACUUCGGACAGAGGUGGAAGAUUCGAGAGCUACGAAAGAUCGGUCAGUUUCGUCUAUUACAUUGGUAAAGCGUUGGGCAAAGUGUUGGCCGAUCUACACAACAAAGGGUAUCCGUCGAAAAAUAUACAUUGUAUUGGACACAGCUUGGGAGCUCAGAUGUUGGGCCACGUUGGUACGACGUAUACCGAAUUGACCAACGAAAAAGUUUGGAGAGCCACCGGUAUAGAUCCGGCCGGUCCUUGCUUCUCGAAUAGUUUGAUUCAGGAGCAAAUACGUUCCGGUGUUGCUGAAUACGUUGAGGUUUACCAUUGUAAUGCCGGGGAACUGGGGACCACAGCCGUUCUGGCCGACAUAGACUUCUUCAUGAACAAGAAAGGAAAGAAACAGCCUCCAUGUCACGAGGGUUUGAUACCGGCGAAAGGUGAUUCGGAUGCCGCGAAAUGCAGUCACAAAGAAUGCGUGAAGUAUUAUAUGUUGAGCGUCCACCAUCCGACUUGGUAUCUGGCUUGGGCGUGUGACAAAUACGACGACUUCAAACAUGGCAAAUGCGCGGCCCAUGAAGUAACAAUAGCCGGGUAUCACAACCCCGGCAACGCUACCGGAGUCUUCUAUGUGUCAACUGAAGGAUAUGGGAUAGAUUAAUUAUAACUUGUGGCCCCACAGUAGUCGAAAUUCGACUAUAAUUAAAUGAAAUUAUAAAUGUAUAUUAAAUUAUAUAAUGGUUCUAUUGUCAAAGACUAUAUUCUUUAAUCACAGAUUUCGCCACUACAGAUAGGCAAAUAAUAUUAAAGACAAAUAAUUCUUAAUCUAUUCUCAAUUUUACGACAGACUUUAAACAAUAGGUAACAAAAGUUUGACAAUAAACAAAGAGUAUAUUUAUCUGUGUUGUGUCAAAUACAUGGUAGUGCGUGUAAUAUUUGUUAAUGAUAAUAAUAUGAUAAUAUUGAUUUAAUGUAUUUCUUAUGCAUAUAUUUAAAAAGAAAAUAACAUUCUACACUCCUUCUCUAUAAGUGUGGGAAAUUUCAUACUCCUCCGUCCGCGCAAUUUUCGUAAAAAGGGGUAUAAAGUUUUUGCUUCACGUAUUAAUUAUACAGAUGUCUUUAAUUUAAUAGUGGCUGUGUAAAGUCGAAUGUUUUGAUAGGAUUGCAUUUUUACGAAGGAGACUGUGUCCAAACUACUACGAAGUGAAAGUUAAUAUAGACAUGAUGAAUUCGAUUCAAAUCGAAUUGGAGAUUCGAUCGAUUGUAAUACUGUUUUUUUUACGUAACUAAAGUUAUGUUAAAUAAUUUGAAUACAUCAAUAGUAGCGAAGUAUAUUUCAUUAGUGGAAUUGGAAUUAAUGAAAUGAUAAAAUAUAUUUAUUUUUUAAUUUUCUAGUUUUUUUUUCUAACCGACAGCCAUGUGCUUAAUGAAUUGUAAAUAAAUUAAAGAUUCCCAAAAUGAUUAUUUUUAGUAAGCAUUUAUAAAUAAAGAUAGUAUUCUUAAAUAAAA